UCUCCAGAUUGGUUUGAGUAGCUAAAUUGUAUGAAAAGAAGAAGUACAUGUAGCCUUACCUGUCCUUCACCAACUAUUCUUUCACACAUUUCCACGGAAGAGCAGCACAUAAAAACCUGAGGUCCUCUGGUGAGGCUGCUGUGGAGUCAUCAUGGUGGGCUAUGACCCAGGGUCUAAGGGCGCUGCUCCAGCCCCAGAAGAUGCAGCCCUGUCUGGGUCGGCCGCAGGCAUGGUGACCCGAGCCCUGAUCAGCCCCCUGGAUGUCAUCAAGAUAAGAUUCCAGUUGCAGAUAGAGCGUGUAUCGUCAAGGCACCCCGAAGGGAAGUACUGGGGCCUGUUCCAGGCAUCACGUUGUAUCCUGGCAGAGGAGGGGCUGCCUGCCUUCUGGAAAGGACAUAUCCCCGCCCAGCUCCUCUCUGUCUGCUUCGGGGCAGUACAGUUUGCCAGCUUUGAGUUCCUGACUGAGAUGACCCACAAGAGCACCGUAUAUGACAGCCAGACAGCGGGGGUGCACUUUGUGUGUGGCGGUCUGGCCGCCUGCUCUGCCACUGUAGCCUGCCAGCCACUAGACACACUGCGAACACGCUUCGCAGCUCAGGGAGAGCCCAAGGUGUAUCACAGUCUGAGACAUGCUGUGUCCACCAUGUACCGCACUGAGGGGGCCCUGGGGUUCUACCGUGGCCUGGGUCCAACACUGGUGGCAGUGUUCCCCUACGCAGGCCUGCAAUUCUUCUUCUACAAGGUCCUCAAGAACCUCAUGGGACCACCGCCCAAGGACAGCAACGUCGGAGGCAACCUCAGAAGCUUGUUAUGUGGAAGCUGUGCUGGAGUCAUCAGCAAGACAAUGACCUACCCCUUUGACCUCAUCAAAAAGAGACUGCAGGUGGGAGGGUUUGAAGAAGCCAGAGCCCACUUUGGACAGGUGCGGAAGUAUGGUGGCUUUGUAGACUGUGUGUCCCAGAUCGCCAGAGAGGAGGGUCUCCGGGGCUUUCUCAAAGGCCUAUCUCCCAGCCUAGUGAAAGCAGCUGUCUCCACGGGCUUCACCUUCUUCUGGUAUGAGUUCUUCCUUAAUGCCAUACAGAACCUGAAAGGCAGCCAGUGAGCAGAGGCACUCUGGGUAGAAGUUGCUUUUAGGCACAGAUCUAGGAUCAGCUCAACCACCCCAAAUUUGAACCUCAACCAAUAUGGGGAAAAUUUAAAAAUGGACCAUAGAGCAGUACCUACGGCAGCAUUUCCCUAACUCUGUCCUCGGGACCCCAAAGGGUACACGUUUUGUUUUUUGCCCUAGCACUACACAGCUGAUUCAAAUGAUCAAAGCUUGAUGAUUAGUUGAUUAUUUGAAUCAGCUGUGUAGUGCUAGGGCAAAAACCAAAACGUCCACCCGGGGGCCAGGACUGAGUUUAGGAAACCCUGGCUUAGGGGCAACUGAAGAAGCAGAGGAACUCAAAGCACUGGAAAAGAAAGGAGGGAAUGGCAGAAUCACGCACAUCUACAUCGUACAUGCCAUAUCCCCAUCCCACUGGUGAUAGGGGUCAACAUUGCUAGGAAGAAGGAAAAAAGGCUCUCCUUACUGCUGUUUACCUAUAGUGUAUCCUAUAAGUUGGGAAAGUCAAGGUGUGGUGCUGCUCUGGACCUUCCACAUAAGGACUGAUGUCACCUCACCUUACCAUGUGUUUGGUGUCAGUGUCCAAACACCUUGAUGUAAGUAUGUCUCUACUAGAACUCUUUGCUGUUGUUUAUAUACUGUACUCAUGGUUUGUGGUGCACAGUCUAUACUGAGGACAGGAUGCCUCUUGUUUAUAUACUGUACUCAUGGUUUGUGGUGCACAGUCUAUACUGAGGACAGGAUGCCUGUUGUUUUUGAAGACUUUUGUCAUUUACCAAAAAUGACAAUUUGUAACAAUGUAUUCUGUUUCAACUACCUGCAGAAUUGCCUGAUAUUUGACGGGCAGCAUAAGGAGGAUAUAACCAUUGUCUUAGAUCAUGUACUGAGAAUAUACCUCUGCAAGUGUUGUUCUGUGUUUUGACAGCUGCGGAAUGGGGAAAAAUCACUUAAAUUCUCCUUUUCAAUGUUUUGUGUGUUAAAUUGAUAACACACAAUGGUUGCUCUUGAAACUGAUAGAUACCAUGGAGCGAAGGGAAAGAGAUGCUUGAUCUAGGCUAAAAUAAAUUGUCAGAACCAGGUCAAAGUUGAUCCUAUCACAGAAUGCUCUUUAAUAGGGACGAUUCAAUACAUUUUACCUAAAAGUUGUGGUGUUAACUAAUGUGUUAGAAUAGACUCAAAAUGAUCAUACAUUCUAAUUGAGGUGAAAGGGUUUGUUGCUUUCUGUGUGGAAUGUGUUUCAAUAUUUAUUACCAUUUAUAUAUGGUUGGUAAGGCUUAUUUAAUAACAAAAGUACAUUUACCAUCUGCUGUUUUCAGUUUGCUUUUCUUUGAUGUACUGUACUUUAAUUUCAAGUAACCUGUUGUAACAGCUUUUAUGGGUCAGCAUUGGAGUUUUUUGCGAAAUUCUCAAACUGGCACUCGCUCAGUGCUAAAUUAUGAAUAAAGAAGCAUGACGGUGUAUGUUAGUUUGAAAUAUAUGACCAACUGAAUAAGAGCGUCUGCUAAAUGAUUAAAAUGUAAACGUCUAUACACAGCAUAUCUAACACUGUAUUUAAAAUUGAAUAUUUAUUCUGUGUGUGUUUAAUGCUGGAAAGAGUACAAGAAAUUGCCCCACCAAGUGCAAUAUGUGUGACAUUGUGUCGGCUACUGAUGCACUGUACAAAGUGGUGGCAGGUGUAUCAGUCUAUAUUUGGUUUUUUAUUUAAAACACAUUGUAUCGUACUUAAUCAUGUUUUGUUAUUUUUUAACUAUUUUUUAAUAAAGAAAAUGCAUGCA